GAAGAAGGUCUGGUAUACGCCACAUUUGACGUAACCGGAAGUGCACUCCACAGCGUAAUGGAUGGACAUAAUCUGAAGCGAGAGACGUUGUGAAGCGGAGAACGGUGUACACCUUCGACCACACUGUACCUGACCGUACCGUUAGUCUUUGAGCAGCGAUCAUGGCAGAUCUGGAAGAGCUGAGGAAACUUGAAUACCUCUCCUUGGUUUCCAAGGUUUGCACAGAGCUGGAUAACCAUUUGGGGAUCAAUGACAAAGAUUUAGCUGAGUUUGUCAUCGAUCUCGCAGAGAAAUUCACUACUUUUGACUCCUUUAAAUCAGCUCUAGAGAAGAAUGGAGCAGAAUUCACUGACUCUCUAGUAAGCAAUCUGUUGCGCUUGAUUCAGACCAUGAGGCCACCAGCAAAGCAGUCGACAAGUCAAGAAGCAAAUUUAAAACCCAAGUCGGAGAAGGAGAAGCUGAAGGAUUUAUUCCCAGCACUUUGCAGACCAGACAACCCCAGAAUGCGGACCUUGCUGGAUCCGGAUGAUGUAAAGGUGGCUGCAGAUGUCUUGGAACAACUUGAUGCGUUAAAGCCAAGUAUGGAGGGAAAGGCGAAAGAGAAGAGCAGUAGACAUAAGGAUAAGAAGAAAAGAAGCCGCAGUAGAAGCAGAGAGAGGAGUCGAAAGCACAAGCACAGGUCCCGCUCUAGAUCUAGAGAGAGGACGAAGAAGUCAGGUAGAUACAGGUCAAGGAGUCGCAGCCCUAUCAAAAAUCGAUACCGGAGCCCUAUUAAGGAGGAACACACAAGCAAAAACCAUCGAUCUGAAAAGAGUGAUGAGCGCUGGAGGGAAAAGCAUGUUGACAGGCCCCCUCCAGAAGAGCCAGCUAUCGGUGAUAUCUACAAUGGCAAAGUCACCAGUAUUAUGCAGUUUGGGUGUUUUGUUCAGCUGGAGGGCCUGAGGAAACGCUGGGAGGGCUUGGUGCACAUAUCCGAGCUAAGAAGAGAAGGACGCGUGGCAAAUGUUGCUGAUGUCGUCAGCAAGGGUCAAAGAGUAAAAAUUAAGGUGCUUUCCUUCACUGGAUGCAAAACCAGCCUCAGUAUGAAGGAUGUCGAUCAAGACACUGGAGAAGAUCUGAAUCCUAACAGAAGGAGGAAUCUUGUUGGGGAGAACAACGAGGAGGCUUCAAUGAGGAACCCAGACAGACCCAACCACCUCUCAUUAGUAAAUGCUCCGGAAGUUGAAGACGACACCUUGGAAAGAAAACGUCUCACCAAGAUUUCUGACCCUGAGAAGUGGGAGAUUAAGCAGAUGAUUGCUGCCAAUGUGCUUUCUAAAGAGGAAUUUCCUGACUUUGAUGAAGAGACUGGUAUCCUACCCAAGGUUGAUGAUGAAGAAGAUGAAGAUCUGGAAAUUGAGCUUGUAGAAGAGGAGCCUCCAUUCUUACGAGGACACACAAAGCAGAGCAUGGACAUGAGCCCAAUUAAAAUAGUAAAGAAUCCUGAUGGUUCCCUGUCUCAAGCUGCCAUGAUGCAGAGUGCUUUAGCAAAGGAGAGAAGAGAAAUGAAGCAAGCACAACGGGAGGCAGAAAUGGACUCUAUCCCAAUGGGCUUAAAUAAACACUGGGUGGAUCCUUUGCCGGAUGUUGAUGGACGACAAAUUGCUGCUAACAUGAGGGGGAUUGGGAUGAUGCCCAAUGAUAUUCCAGAGUGGAAGAAGCAUGCCUUUGGAGGUAAUAAGGCCUCUUAUGGGAAGAAGACACAGAUGUCAAUCAUUGAACAGAGGGAGAGUCUGCCCAUUUACAAGCUGAAGGAGCAGCUGGUGCAGGCUGUUCAUGACAACCAGAUCUUGAUUGUCAUUGGUGAAACCGGCUCAGGAAAAACCACCCAAAUUACCCAAUAUUUGGCGGAAGCUGGAUAUACUACAAGGGGUAAAAUUGGAUGCACUCAGCCCAGAAGAGUGGCUGCAAUGUCUGUAGCAAAGCGUGUGUCUGAAGAAUACGGUUGCUGUCUAGGUCAGGAGGUGGGAUAUACCAUUCGAUUUGAAGACUGCACAAGCCCAGAGACUGUCAUUAAAUACAUGACGGACGGUAUGUUACUAAGAGAGUGUCUGAUAGACCCUGAUCUGACUCAGUAUGCCAUUAUCAUGCUUGACGAAGCGCAUGAGAGGACAAUCCACACCGAUGUGCUGUUUGGGCUUCUGAAGAAGACUGUACAAAAGCGUGCUGAUAUGAAACUGAUUGUGACAUCUGCCACUUUGGAUGCCGUUAAGUUCUCUCAGUAUUUCUAUGAGGCUCCAAUUUUCACCAUUCCUGGUCGAACAUACCCAGUAGAGAUUCUAUACACUAAGGAGCCUGAGACUGAUUACCUGGAUGCCAGCCUCAUCACUGUGAUGCAGAUUCAUCUGACUGAACCUCCAGGUGACAUUCUGGUUUUCCUUACUGGUCAAGAGGAAAUUGACACUGCUUGUGAAAUCCUCUAUGAGAGAAUGAAGUCACUUGGCCCUGAUGUGCCGGAGCUGAUCAUACUGCCAGUGUAUUCUGCUUUGCCCAGUGAGAUGCAGACAAGGAUUUUUGACCCAGCACCUCCGGGUAGCAGAAAGGUUGUUAUCGCCACCAACAUUGCUGAGACCUCGCUGACUAUUGAUGGGAUCUACUAUGUGGUUGACCCAGGUUUUGUGAAACAAAAAGUCUACAACUCUAAAACUGGAAUUGAUCAGCUUGUAGUAACUCCCAUCUCACAGGCCCAAGCCAAACAGAGAGCUGGAAGAGCUGGGAGGACAGGUCCUGGCAAGUGUUACCGCCUUUACACUGAGCGCGCAUAUCGUGAUGAGAUGUUGACUACCAAUGUGCCUGAGAUUCAGAGAACUAACUUGGCCAGCACCGUCUUAUCACUCAAGGCGAUGGGUAUCAAUGACCUGCUCUCUUUUGAUUUCAUGGAUGCCCCACCUAUGGAGACCCUCAUCACAGCCAUGGAGCAGUUGUACACCCUUGGAGCCCUGGAUGAUGAAGGCUUGUUGACUCGUUUGGGCAGGAGGAUGGCAGAGUUCCCCCUGGAGCCUAUGCUGUGUAAGAUGCUGAUCAUGUCUGUACAUCUCGGCUGCAGUGAGGAGAUGCUAACCAUUGUUUCCAUGCUCUCUGUGCAAAAUGUGUUCUACAGACCAAAGGAUAAACAAGCACUUGCAGACCAGAAAAAGGCCAAGUUCCACCAGACAGAAGGAGACCAUCUAACUUUGUUGGCUGUGUACAACUCCUGGAAAAACAACAAGUUUUCUAACCCCUGGUGCUAUGAGAACUUUAUUCAGGCCCGCUCUUUACGGCGGGCACAGGAUAUCCGCAAACAGAUGUUGGGCAUUAUGGACAGGCACAAACUGGAUGUUGUGUCCUGUGGAAAAGCAACAGUGAGAGUACAGAAAGCUAUCUGCAGUGGCUUCUUCCGAAAUGCUGCCAAGAAAGAUCCCCAGGAAGGUUACCGAACUCUUAUAGACCAACAAGUGGUCUAUAUUCACCCAUCUAGUGCCUUGUUCAACAGACAGCCUGAAUGGGUUGUGUACCAUGAAUUAGUCUUAACCACCAAGGAGUACAUGCGAGAGGUGACUACCAUAGACCCCCGGUGGCUUGUCGAAUUUGCUCCUGCCUUCUUCAAAGUCUCUGAUCCAACCAAACUGAGCAAGCAGAAGAAACAGCAGCGUCUGGAGCCCCUUUAUAACCGCUAUGAGGAGCCUAAUGCCUGGAGAAUUUCCCGGGCCUUCAGACGUCGGUGAUUUGGGUGCAAGCAGUAAGAACACCCUAAGGAAGACCUAUAGAAGAUUCUGCCGCCCACAAAACAUGAGAAACUAUCUCAGACUCUGCUAAACAAUGGCAGCUUACAUUUUUUUUUUAUAACAGACUUCAUGUGUUUUGACCCUGUAUAAAAUAUAUAUAUUUUUAAAUGUU